AUGUUCAAUGGCAUGGUUGAAACCGUACGAAACAGUAUCGUAGGAACGUAUCCUUCAUGUCACAUUGCUUCGCGUCUGGAUGAAAGGCGAGCUAAGGCAAGAGCACUAAGGGCAGAACGCAGGCGAAAGCCAGAUAAACCCGAUGAUUUUGUGACAUACGAAGAUUCCGGUAGCGACGAGGAGACGCCGGAACAACAGGAAGAAGUACUGCAUACAUCGUACAAUGUCUAUGAUUUUAUACGCAGCCGGGAAAAUGGUUUGAGUGAAGUAAUAAUGUGUCCUAGAGUGUCGUUUUUUAGUUUGGCGAUUACAGGCGAUUUUAAUGAAGGACAUGCAUUUCUUCGUUUUUUGCAGAGACGUAGCUUUAACUUUGAACAGACCAGUCGCUAUGUUUUGACGCAUGAUAUGUUGCGGGAAACGCAAAUAAGUUUGGGUUAUAUCAACAAGGUGUUUUGCUCUAAAUGGCUAAGCAAUCGUCAGGUUAUUUUUGGCACCAAAUGCAAUAAGCUCCUGGUUUACGAUGUAAAUAUGCGACGUGUUGAUGCAAUUCCCACACUCUCUACCAAUCGUCCCAAUCAUCCGGAAGUUCAAGGAGGUCUUCAUGCAAUUGAAAUAAAUCCAAGUCGUACAUAUUUAGCUACGGGGGCUAGAAAUUCCGCCGACAUUGCCAUAUAUCGAUUACCAACACUAGAUCCUAUAUGUGUGGGUGAGAACGGACAUAGAGAUCUAAUAAUGGGCAUGUGUUGGCUUGAUGAUCAGUUCAUAGUGUCCGGAUCGAAAGAUUCACGUAUGGCUUUGUGGCGUGUCAACGAAGAACAUAUGGAAUUUCCCGAUGGCGGUAAGGAAUUUUGUCCCACAGUAGCCACAAUUAAUCCACUAUGUGUUCGAGAUUGUCGUACGGCACACAGAAUACGUUCUUUAUGUUUUAAUAAAGAAUUUCGGGAAAUUGCCGCCUUAUCGCUAAAUGGCUUCAUACACGUAUUUAAUGCGGAGACAUUUAAACAAAAACUAUCACGUAAACUGCCAAAUUGUCAAGAUAAUGUUAGCAUAGCAUACCAUAGUGAUGGCCUCUAUGCCAUUGGAUGCCGUUCGUACACGAUAUUAUUGGAUACCAGAACGUUACAGGUAAAUAUUAUGUUAUUGACGAAUUUCGAUAGCAUUCGCAAGGGAAUUGGUUGUGGCAUACGUUCGACCUCAUUUGAAGGCAAUCUACUAACAGUUGGCACUGGCCUGGGAAUGUUAUUAUUCUAUGAUAUACGUGCUGGAAAAUAUCUGGAGAGCAGUGUUAAUGCUUCGCGUACUGUAACAUUGAAAUGCAGCAAAGGUAUUGUG